AUGGGAAAUGAGAUGGGCAACAAUAACACAACUGGAUUGCGAGAAGAAGAUACCACUGCCGGUGAGGCUCAGGGAAAAUCUGUACAAGAACCUGUUGAUGCCAGUGUUUUAAAAGAGGAAAAUCAUGUAGUGCCUACAGAAGAGAGUAAGGAUUAUCAUGAAGAAGUGACAGAGUUAGAUUCUGAUGAUUCAAAGAGUUCUGGAGUUACUCAUGAUCAUAACCAUAUAUCAGAUGAGACAGGCUUCUCUAUUGUAGAACAUACUGAAUUUCAUCCAACUGCCAAAUCUCCUAAAGCUGAAACGAAAUCAAAUGAAGUAUUGGGUGUAGAUAAUGAAUUUCAAGCAGCUUCUUUUUCAAAUGAAUUGGAAGGUCAUGAGAAGCCAAAAGAGUCCAAUAUGGAGGGGAAUGUUCUGGGAACAAACAGUAAUCAGCUUGAGAAGCAAGCUUCCUUCAAGAAAGAGGAAGAGGAGAUCAUGUCAACUUCACCUUUUGUUACAAUAUCACCAUCACAUGAUCCAGAACCUCAAGACUCUGUGGAAUUGAAGUUUGAUCAGCAUGAAUUAACAGAAAAUUAUGCUGACCAAUCCGUACAAGAAAGCACUAAUUCACCGAAACCAAGUGAGAAUUCCCUAGGACCAAGUGUUGCAGGCAUCACUAAGGAGAAUGGUCAAUUGUUGAACUCCUGCCAUUCUGACAAUCUAGAUGGAAUUCUUGUUUCUGCAACCAAUAUAGAAGUGGAGGAGAAAAAGGAUGACUUGUCGGAGACAGAUAUGGCAUCUCAAGAAGAUAAGAUGCUCAGUGAAGAUAAAGUUGAAGUUGGAAAUGAUUUGAGCAAAACAAUUGUUACGAAUGUAGCGACGAUACAAUCAGAUUCUCGAAGUGAUCGCAGAGAGGAAUGCGAAGAAGAGCUCUCCAGAGAUAUGGUUUGUUAUGGAAGCAAUUGUUCAAUGUCACAGCCAGGGGCCAAUCUGAUUGCUAACUCACUGAACUCCCAUGCAGAACUAUCUGUACCUGAAGACAAAUGCAUGGUCCUUGCUGAAGAAACUGAAUUCAGGAGAAAAGAAUCAGAAAUAGAAGUUAACAAGCAUCAUUACAACCUGAAUCAGUCAAGUGAGGAUUCAAUUAGAGAAUCAGAGAUUGACUUGGCAAAUGCAUCUCAAACUGAUUUUGUUCUCGGACCUAGUUGCAAGAAUAACGAGGAGAGUUCAAUUAAUGUUUCUCAUGAUCCUGUUAGCAAUGGAAGCUGCCAAUUUGAGGAGGAAAAGGUUGCUGAGAAUGGCUCCCACAUUGACUUAUUUAAUGGCAUCCAGAGUGAAGCUUCUGAAGACAGCUGCAGGGAAUUUGUAGGAGACACUAUGAUUGUUCCUAAACUUGGAAUGCUUCCGGAAGAGCUAUCCAUGUCCAAUAGAAAAGGCAAUGAAGAGGAAACAGAUUGUAAACUGGAGGAAGAGAAACCAGCAGAGGAGCAAAUUGUCGAAGAGGUAAAGGAGAAGACGGAAGCUCCAUGUACCGUUGGAAAUGGUGCAGAAGAACAGCGAAGCAGACAACAGUUUGUGUCCAAAUCAGUUUCAGUACAAGCAGAAGCAUAUAUCCAACAGGCUCCGGCUUCUCCAUUCCAGUUUCAAGACCCGCAAGAAGAAAGGGUAAUUGCGUCUGGCGAUGCUCAAGGUAAAAACGAGUUGAACCUGGAAUUUAAGCCUGAGAGUUGCAAGGAGUUCCGUGCUGCAAAAGCUCCUACAGACCAAGCCGCAUGCAUCAAUAUUGCAGAGACCUCAACUUCUGCAGUAGAGUUGGCCAAAGACAAGCCUCAGCAAGAAGCUUCAUACUAUGUCAUAGCCUUUGAACAACGUGAAAAACCUGAAAUAGCUAUCUUUCCAAAGGGUGACUUUGAAGCGCAAGAAAGUGUGGGAAGGCUUAGCACUGAAUCAAAUCCUGACAACGUGAACAUUCAUAUACAGAUACGAAAAUCUCCAAGCUUUGAUCUUGAUCUCCGAAUAGAUGCAAGGAGUGAAGAAUCAGAUCAGACCCCACUGCUUUAUCAAGAUAAGAUUACAACUGAAAGCUCAUCAAAGCAGGCUGAUGUCAGGCUUCAAAGCCCACAUCUGCUUUCUCAGCAUAAUGAAGAGGCACUUCGACCUAUGGCAGUGGAAGAGAAAGUGAUUACUCCGGAAAGAAGUGAUUCUGAGAAGUCAAGGACACCAUUCCUUGGCUUCAUGAAAGAAGAUGAUGAGGCUCAUGUUAUUGUUACACCAAAGGAACAAGACAACCAUGCAGCACCAGAGAAGGCAGCUAAGGAUUUGUGGAACUCACCUGCGAAGGAAGUGGCAUCAGCUUCACCUAAAGGUAAAGAGAAGCAUAGGCGCAGAACAUCCCUCUUUGGCCAUUGCAUGUGUUGUGCAACAAAGCGAGAGAAUUUGAACGACAGAAGGUAA